AACUCCGCCCCCACUCCAACAGUUCGUUGAAAAUUUCCCCCACUUUUAUCUUUUUUCACGGCAAAGACACCUAAUUUUCUUCCUCCAUUAUCUCUCCUACCACUCUCUCUCUCGGUAAAAAUCUUUCCCGUUUGCCGAUUCAAAACUCUAAGGUCAAUAACGCACGAUCGAAAUUUUUCAGCUCAUUUUUCUAUUUUUAUUCGCAUCUCGAUGUUCACACACCCGUUCAGAAUUUGAUUUUCCAUUGCUGUCCUGAAUGACACAAUUCUAAUUUAAUAGUACAAAUUGAUUGGAGAGUAGAUUUGGAAGAAACAAAUUGAUUUGAAGUGAUAUGAUUACACACCUUGACAUCUGGGCCCACAGCUGCUAUAGAAAACAUUGGUUUAUGAUAAAAUAAAGGAUAUCAAACAAGGGUUUAGUUUUUAUUGACUGUCUCUACUGUUCUUAUUCAGGGAAAGGUGUACGGGGUUGGCUCUUAGUUUUAAGAGAAUUAUGAUGUUUUCAAUAAGUUCUAUUUGCUUGUCAAAAAUAACUAGUUUAUGACAUUGUAUGCAUGUACCAGUGCGCAAGAAAUUCGAAAUUUAGGUAGUCGAUCCUAUAUUUGUCAGUUUCGUGUACCAAUGCGCAAAAGCUGAAAUUUUGGGUGUCAACCAUCUAUGCCUGGCAAUGAACUCGGAGAUGGUGUCCACAAUUUCUUUGCACAAGACAACUUGUCACAGGAACAGCAUCAUUCACAAAUUGUAGAAGGGAAUCGGCCUGUGCUAAACAACAAUUUCUGGGUUGGCAGCCAGAGAAAAUUUGAUUUAUCACAUUCUGAUUCAAAAAAUUAUGGUUCACAUAUCUCAGGUAGAGGUAUAGGACAGGGCAAUUAUGCCCUUCACGCUUCACAUGGCUCGAAUUUCGAUCAAACUACUGCGAGGCCUAGUUUUGCUAAAAGUCAGUACCAAAGCGAACAGCCAAAUUUGAAUGUCUAUACGUACGAAAAUCGGGUUCACCAGACGAAGGUUAUUGAAGCUAACUCUGUGACAGUGGAUGCCGAUUCUGAUCAGCAUCUUCUAACUGCCUCGAGAGGCCUAUCUAUCCAUGAAUUCCAGAAAGGGAGCGGCCUUGAACAUCAAGCAAAAACUUCAUUGAGCUCAGAAGCAAUAUCUCCCUUAAGUUUUGAUCUUUUUGGUGGUCAGCAGCCGAUGAGUUUUCAGCAAUCAAGCAUGCUGCGAUCUUUGCAACAUCAACAAUCUGGGAUUAACGACAUGCAGCAAGUGCAACAAGAAGCCUUUAUCAAGAAAAUGCAAGAGCUUCAAAGACAGCAGCAACUAGAUCUAAAGCAAAGGAAUUUGUUUAAUCAGAUUUCCCCCUUUGCUAAACAGGCAUCUGGUAGCCAGUCCUCUCUUAACAAUGACACUCCAAAUUCUGAAGCAUCACAUUAUGCAUGGAUGGUCGACCAUGGUAAUGCAAACUGGCUGCAUCAUGCCUCCAGUGGACUUGCUUUUAAUCCGAAUCUUGGUCAGACACGACGCUUAGCGGAUUUGGUGCCUCAACAGGUUGAUCAAUCUCUUUAUGGAGUUCCUGUUUCUAGUUCAAGGGGUGUAGCUGUAAACCAAUAUUCACAGAUGGGAAAGGAUAGAUCUCCUAUGAUGCAAAUGUCGACCAAUAGUAAUUCUCUUCCAGGACAAUAUACUGGUUUGCAAGAUCAGAUUAGUGUACAGGGCAGGGCAUUGAUAUCUGGACAGAGAUUUCAGAAUGAAAAGAUUGGACAUACUUCUAGUCAAGCUUUAAGUACUGGGAUAAAUAUGGAGAUCCUCCAACAAGUGAAUCCCAUGCAAAGAAACACACCUCAGCAGGACUUCUGGGGGAGGCAAGAGCUCUCUGUUCCACAGGAAGCCUCAACUGAAAAACCAACAAAGCAAGUUGCUUCGUCUCGGAAUGAUGGUGCCCUGGAUCCCAUGGAAGAAAAGAUUUUGUUUGGUUCAGAUGAUAAUGUGUGGGCUGCCUUGGGCAAGAGCAAUAAUAUGAGUGACGAAACUGUUAAUUUAUUUGAUAGUGGUGGGUUAUUGGAUGGGGUUCCCUCUCUUCAAAGUGGUAGUUGGAGCGCUCUUAUGCAGUCAGCUGCUGCAGAAACUUCUAGCAGUGAUAUGGGGUUGCAGGAUGAGUGGAGUGGUCUAAUUUAUAACAAUGCUGAGGUCCCUUCAGGAAACAAGCACCCUUCUAUGUACAAUAACCAUGGGAAACAAGAGGUAUCUUUGGUGGGUGACAAUGUGCGACUGCCUUCAACUAUGAGUUCUGGAUCUGCUGCUCCUUGUGAUGCCACCAAUACUAACAACCAAUACCAGAAUUUUAUGGGAUUCAAUCAUUUUGGACCCAAGUUUCAAGGUGGACCUCGUCAAAGACUGCAGCCUGAGAAGUCUCAAAGGCCUGUUUCCUUGGAGGAAGAAGGCAAGUGGUCGGGUAGCAGUUCACUACAAAGAGUUGCUGAAGGGAGUCAGAUGUAUAGGAAUGCCUCACAACCUUCUCUUGAUGUAGAGAAAAAUGCUAAGAGCAUUUCUACUCCUUUGGUCCAUGAGCACAGUGGAGCUGGACAACUGCCAAACAAUUGUAAUAAUUCAUCAGCUCUCUCUUAUGGUGGAGAUCGGGUGGUAAAUGACCGUGAGAUUGGAAACUUGUCACAAAAUUCUCAAAGCAAUCCAAUAAAGGCGAUACAUGAAGCAGCGGAUUAUAGACGUUCUUCAUGGACGUUAAAUUCUGCUCCAAGUUCAACUGUUGAAUUGGGUAGUCCUCAAGUAAAUAAAGGAGGUUGGAGUUUGAAUGAUGCUGCUUUAGUACCUAACUCAGUAACCACAAGGGUUGAUGAAGAAACCAGUCCAUUUGUUCAAAAUAAUUAUUUAUUUCAACAACAGAAGAAUGCCAACUCUUUGGUUAAAUCCCCAGGGGGUGACGGCUUGGGGAGAAUGCUGCACCAGGUUAACGAAGGCAAUAAGGAGGAAAUUGCAAGACAUGAGACGAAGAAUUAUGAUCUGAUGGAUAAUUCUAAUGACAGCCGUCAGUCUAACUUAUCUCAGCACACUUCUGCUGGUUUCAUGGGACGUGGGAUGUCAGAUGCUAGUGAUUCACAAUCUCUGGCCCCAGGGAAACAAAAGUCAAUCACUGAGCCUGGCCAUAAAGCUUCUGGUACUCACAAGUUCCAGUAUCAUCCCAUGGGAAACCUGGAUGAGGAUAUCGAACCUUCCUAUGGUUUCAAGCAACCUACCCAUGUACAGCGAAUGUCCUCACAAAAUAACGACUUUGAGCUGUCAAAGUUUCUGGGUCAGGUUCCAAAGAAUUCUAUAGUAGUGGAAAAGGGGCAGUCUUCUGAUCUUCAAAUAGACGGUAAAAACCCUGAUGAGGGGCCAUCCCUUGAGAACCAGUCUGGCUAUGGCAGAUCAGUUGAUACACACACAUCAAACAAGGCUUCUCCAUCAAGUCAAAACAUGCUGGAUCUUCUUCACAAGGUGGAUCAAUCGAGGGAUCAAGGUAUUGUGAGGCACUUUGAUUCUUCAAAUGGUAGUGGACCAUCUCAACUGCCUGAAGCAGAAAACUGGGAUGGGCUAGUUGGCCGCCUUCAAAAUACUCAAUCUUCUGUCUCUCCAGGUUUUGGAUUACAACUUGGUCCCCCAUCUCAACGCAUUCAUAAACCUGACCGUUUGUUGUCUUCUCAGAAUGCUCAACAUGCUUUUGACUCUUUGCAUUUUAGUCGUACUGCUGGAGAAAUUGGAGAGAAGGACCAGAAUAUGGCUUCAACACCCUCGGUUCAAUCUUUUCCUCUUUCUAAUGAACAAUCCCUGGUUGAAUUUGAAAAUAACAAAUCUGGAUCUCCGAGACAAUAUGGAACUGAAGCCUCUCUGUAUAAGAUACCUGCAAAUUUUUCUUCUGCUCUCAAUUCCAGUUUUCCCUAUCCAGGAAGUCAUUUUCAAAAUCAACAGAUAACUAGGACACAAGGACAGAGAUCUCAACCUAUUGAUUUGUCGUCAAAGAAUAAUGCUUCACAGUCUAUCCUAAAAGGGUCUGCGGAGGCCUUUUCACCUGAUGUAUCUGGCAGUGUUGCACAUGAUAAUUUGGCUUCAUUGGAGGGUAUGUCACAACGAACUGGCACUAAUGAUCCACGAGAAAGAGGGAAAGCUGCGAUGAUGUCAGCCAAUGAUCACGUGCCGGCUUCUCAGCCUUUUUCCAGGUCUGACAUUUUUCAACAUGGUGCUGCUGCACAACUGCUGCGUAAUAUGUGGGCCAAUGUUCCUACAAACAAAAAUACUUUGGGUGCUCCGUAUCACACGGUGUCAUCAAAUUUUUUUCAGUCUCCCCUGCCAAAUAUUGUGGAAUCAAGCACUUCCAUCCCACUGGCUCAAGGUGAUCAUGAUGUGAGAAAAGAAAGGAAUUUCCCAUCUGAGUUUGGUGCAAUUCCUACAAACUCCCGAUGUGUCAGUGGGGAAGAGGAAACGUUGAAAGAACGUUUUAAUCAACAACUUGGAAAAUCUGCCUCCAUCAACCAUCUGUCUGAUGAUUCUCCUGCAAAUUCUGCUUCAACACAAAAGGAUAUUGAAGCCUUUGGUCAAUCUUUGAAGCCAAAUAGUUUCUCUCAUCAAAAUUUCUCCUUGCUAAAUCAAAAGCGGGCCAUGAAGGAUGCGGAGACUGAUCCAAACAAUAGGGUCUCAAAGAAAAUAAAAGGACCAGAUAAUGGUCUGACUGUUCAUCAAGUAGCUUUGAACACAAGGCAGUCAAAUGAACACGGUACUUUUCUUGUAGAUUCAUUAGGUUCUAGUACUACAGUUUCUUCUGGAGAUGGAGGGAUUCUAAGCUUUUCCAAGCCAGCUGACUUUUUGGAAAGUAACAUAUCUUCUCAACAUGGAAAUAUAGCUACAAAACUUGGUUUUGGUCCAGAUGUUUCACAAAGCAACUAUCUUAGUGAUACUAGAGUUGAGCAACCUCAUGUUAGUCCUCAGACGGCUCCAUCCUGGUUUAAUCAGUAUGGAACUUUUAAAAAUGGGCAAAUGCCACACACAGUCACCUCUUUCAGAACUGCAGAACCAUCUUUUCCUCUUUCAAAAUCUUCCGGUAAUUUUCAUGCACUUAGUCUGAUGGAGCACGGAACUACCAAUGCUGUUAAUACAUGUCAAGUUGGUCGCAUCUUUAAUUCUGCACCCACAUCAGUAGCAACUGGGCCCAAUAAGCAGAAGAAUGAUACUUCUAAACUUCACCCUUGGCACAAAGAAAUAUCACAGGGUUCACAGAACCUUCAGAUUCACAGCUUAGCAGCAGUAGAAUGGGCAAAAGCAGCAAAUUGUCUAACUGAAAAGGUUGAAGAUGAUGUUGAAUUCAUUGAAGAUGGACCACCUAUUCAUAGAUCAAAAAGAAGGCUGGUCAUGACAACACAGCUUAUGCAGCGGCUGUUUCGCCCUCCAUCCGCUGCAGUUUUCUCUGCUGAUGCCAGUUUAAAUUAUGAUAGUGUGGCUUACUCUGUCUCUAGAAUGGCACUAGGUGAUGCGUGCAGUGCAGUUUCUUGCUCAAUUAAUUCAAAUAUGGCUUGUAAUGGAAUAAACUUGCUUGCUGCUGAGGGCACGCCAUCAAGCAAGAAUGGCGAUAAGCAUUUUGCAGAAGUUAUUGAAGAAUUGAUGGGUAGAAUGAAGAAGCUAGAAAAUGAAUUCUUGAGAUGCCUGCCUUUUGAUUUUCUGCUAGAAUCUCAGGGUAAUUGCCCUAUAUCUUUCAAAGAAACUGGAGAUAGAUGUCUGAAGAAUGAGACUGCCCUGUCUUGUUUAUAUUGAAAGUAGCUUAAAGGGCAUCUUCCUAGAGCGUGUAGAGAUACAGGAUUUGCAUUUAGAUCUGAGAAUCCACUCAGUGCUAGUAGGAUUCCACCUACAUUGGCUUGUAGAUUUGUAGAACUUCAAUUGGGCAGUCUUUGGUUAGCAAGAAAUGGUUCCAGUGGAAAGAAAAUGAAGUUAGGAACUGAAUUGGAAAUGACUACAGAAUGGAAUCUGGAUUUGCCAUUCGAUGUCUGGAUUGAUAUAUUAUUUGGAAGAUUAUUUGAUACAAAAUUUUUGGCAAUUGACAUUUUUUCUUUUAAUUCUGCACGUCGAACAUGUCUUAUUAACUUGUGGAAAUAAAGUGAGUGUAAGAGGCUGGAUAAGAAGCACGGUCACGGACA